UGGAUUGAAAAAAAUGGAUCUUCCAAGUUUAUCUCUUGUUCUUCAAGCAGCUCUUGUUCUUCAAGCUGCUCUUAGUUCCAAUCCUACUGAACGCAAAGCUGCUGAACAAAGUCUUAAUCAGUUUCAGUAUUCGCCGCAGCGUCUAGUGAGAGUAUUGCAGAUCAUCGUUGAUAAUAACUGCGAUAGCGCGGUUCGUCAAUUUGCUUCUAUUCAUUUUAAGAACUUCAUUGCUAAGAGCUGGGCUCCUCUUUAUCCAAAUUGGCAACAAAAUAUUUCUCCCAGUGAUAAAGAUGUGGUUCAUGAUAAUAUUCUUGUGUAUGUGGCUCAAGUUCCUCCUUUGUUGAGAGUGCAAUUCGGUGAGUGUCUCAAGACCAUCAUCAAUGCUGACUAUCCGGAGCAUUGGCCGCGUCUUCUAGACUGGGUGAAGCAUAACCUACAAGAUCAGCAAGUUUACGGUGCUUUGUUUGUGUUGCGGAUUCUUGCUAGGAAAUAUGAGUAA